AUGCAUAGAACAUAUUCAUUGAGAAAUACCAGAGCUCCAACUGCUUCGGAUCUACAAAAUCCUCCUCCACCACCAGCUUCUACCAGAGGCAAAUUCUUUGGGAAAGGGGGGAUUGCUUACUCGUUCAGGAAGAAUGCUGCUGGGUCCUGGGGUCCAGAGCUUUCGAGAAAGCUUUCGCAGUUGGUAAAGAUUGAGAAGAACGUAUUGCGGUCUAUGGAGAUCGCUUCCAACGAGAGGCGUGAUGCUGCCAAGCAAUUAUCUAUCUGGGGGUUGGAGAACGAUGAUGACGUUUCUGACAUUACGGACAAAUUGGGAGUGUUGAUUUACGAGAUCAGCGAGCUGGACGAUCAAUUUAUCGACCGUUACGAUCAGUACCGUUUGACUUUGAAGUCGAUUAGGGAUAUCGAAGGGUCCGUUCAGCCUUCCAGAGACCGGAAGGACAAGAUCACCGACAAGAUCGCGUACUUGAAGUACAAGGAUCCACAAUCGGCCAAGAUCGAGGUGUUGGAGCAGGAAUUGGUUCGUGCCGAAGCUGAGUCGCUUGUUGCGGAAGCACAACUCUCUAACAUCACAAGAUCGAAGCUGAGAGCAGCCUUCAACUACCAGUUCGACUCUAUCAUCGAACAUUCUGAGAAGAUUGCAUUAAUUGCCGGCUAUGGUAAGGCCUUGCUCGAGCUUUUGGACGACUCUCCUGUGACGCCAGGUGAAACCAGACCUGCCUACGAUGGCUACGAGGCUUCCAAGCAGAUCAUCAUCGACGCGGAGACCGCCCUAAACGAAUGGACCCUAGACUCCGCUCAGGUCAAGCCAACCUUGAGCUUCAAGCCAGAGGAGUAUGAAAACUACGAGGACCAGGUCGAAGAAGAGGAGGAAGUCGAGGGUGGUCAGGAAGGCGCCGAGGAGGAGGGCAGAUGGGCCCAGCACGAAGAAGCCGUUCAAGAGGUCACCAGUGAGCAGGAACGUCACAACCAUGAAAAGCAUGUCCACGAGGCUCACGGUGAGACUGCUACCACGACGGUGGCCUGA